AUGUAUCAUCUGCAUACACAUCAUCACCUCUCUCUCUCUCCUCUUCUCUCUCAGUUUCUAGCAGUGUCUGAAGAUGAGGCCUUCCAUGAAGCUGAUUGCAACCAUGUUGCUUGUACUCUUGUGUCUCAUGGCCAAUGUAAUGGUGGAAGCCAGGACAUGUGAGUCACAGAGCCACAAAUUCAAGGGGACCUGCGUCAGCAGCACCAACUGUGGUAAUGUGUGCAAGAAUGAGGGAUUUCAUGCCGGAAAGUGCCGUGGAUUCCGUCGUCGUUGCUUCUGCACUAAACACUGUUAAAUCAACUUCUACUACUUGUGGGUUAUGUGUAUCCGGUCACCGGUGUCCACUUUCGGAAUUAAGUUUCAGUUCGAGUCAUGUGUCCCUGUUUACUUUUUGUUUUUGGUGUCUGACGCGUGUCCAUGUGUGUACGUACUUCUUCGAUAAAUAAGCUUUGGUUCCUUUUCUAAACAGAGUGUCUUAUAGCAAUUUUCUAUGUAAGGCGAUUGCUCAAUCGCUAGCUGUCUUAUCUCUUUUCUCUUUGUGUCGUAUCUCUCUCCCUUUCUCCUCUAAUAAAGAAAAAGUAAACCAAGAAAUCAAUUGUUAUUGUCGGAUUCAAAAUACCAACGGCCAAACACUAAGAGCAACCACAUCGGUGGUAGUCUUGCAAUAUAUUUGUAAAGGUGACCCGUAUAAUGUUUGCAAGACAUAUGGAUUAGAUAUUAUUAUUUUAUUAUAAAG